AUGACUUCUCCAAAGAUUCAAAAAGAAAUUGUGAGUGCAUGUAAAAUAGAGUCCGUUAAAGUUAUUCUUGAUGAAUUAAAUGGUGAUUACUUUGCCUUGCUCGUUGAUGAAUCCUUUGAUGUGUCACGCAAGGAGCAAAUGGCUAUUGUAUUUCGAUAUAUUGAUAGAAAGGGAUUUGUGAUGGAGCGACUUAUUGACAUUGUUCAUGUUCAAGAUACUAGUGCUCCAUCUCUAAAGGAGGCAAUUGUUAAUUUACUUGCUCAACAUUCUUUGAGUCCAUCAAGUGUGCGUGGACAAUGUUAUGAUGGGGCAAGCAAUAUGCAAGAAAUAAUUAAAGAGGCAUUAGAUAUGGGUGAACUUUCAACCGGUAGGGGCUUGAAUCAACAACUUGAUCUUUCAAGAUCUUGUGACACUCGUUGGGGAUCUCAUUAUAAAUCCUUUAAUAAUUUUAUUAUUAUGUUUGGCUUUAUUCUUGAUGUUCUUGAAUCACUUGCUCUUGAUGCACGAAAUUUGGAUGAAAGAGCUAAGGCAAUGGGACAUCUCGAAGCUUGUCGAACAUAUGAGGUUGCUUUCAUGUUGCAUUUGAUGAGAGAUGUUUUAGGAAUUACAAAUGAGCUUAAUAAAUGCUUACAAAAAAAGGAGCAAGAUAUUGCAAAUGCCAUGCUACUUGUUGAAGUAGCAAAGAGAAGGUUGCAAGUUUUAAGGGAUGAUGAAUGGGACUUUCUUAUUGCUAAGGUAUCUACAUUUUGUAUCCAACAUGAUGUUUUGAUACCUAACUUUGAUGAGCCAUAUAUUAGCUCUUUAAGAUCACGACGAAAGCUUGCUAACUAUACAAUCUCACAUCAUUAUCGUGUUGAAGUGUUUUGCAAUAUUAUUGAUUGGCAACUUCAAGAACUUAAUAAUCGUUUUGAUGAGGUGACUACCGAUUUGCUCCAUGGAAUUGCUUGCUUGAAUCCAAUUAACUCAUUUUCAAGUUUUGAUAUCAAAAAAGUAAUGAGAAUGGCGGAAUUAUAUCCAGAUGACUUUGAUGAAUCUAAUAUGAAUGCUCUUAGGAAUCAACUUGCAAGUUAUAUUGUUGAUGUUCGUGAUGUUGAUGAAAGGUUCUCCGAUAUAAAUGGGCUUUGUGAUCUUUCCAAAAGAUUAGUUCAGACAAAGAAACAUUUUACUUAUCCUUUGGUAUUCCGUUUAGUGAAACUUGCUCUACUUCUACCAGUUGCCACUGCCUCCGUUGAAAGAGCUUUUUCGGCAAUGAAGUUUAUUAAGAAUGACUUGCGGAGCAAAAUGAGUGAUGAUUUUUUUAGUGGUUGUUUGGUGCCUUAUUUAAAAAAAGAUGUAUUUGAUAGUAUUUCUAAUGAUGCUAUUAUUAAGACAUUUCAAGAUAUGAAACCUCGUAGAAUACAAUUGUAA